AUGGAAGACCAAGAAGAUGCAAACUCAAACUUGAAGACAAUUACUUCACGCCACCAGGUUGGUAGGGUUCAGCAGCUUUUGUCGGGUGAAGCACAAUACUUGAAAUACAAAGACCCCCAAAAGCCAUUAGGUGCAAGAAUCAAAGACUUAAUGAAAAGAAUGACUCUAGAAGAAAAGAUUGGCCAAAUGGUGCAGAUCGAGCGCACUGUUGCAACUCCAGAUGUCAUGAAGAAGUAUUUCAUUGGGAGUGUGCUGAGUGGUGGAGGGAGUGUGCCGGCACCCAAGGCCUCAGCAGAGGCUUGGGUGGACAUGGUUAAUGGGAUCCAAAAGGCGUCUCUAUCAACCCGUCUUGGAAUUCCAAUGAUUUAUGGGAUUGAUGCUGUUCAUGGCCAUAACAAUGUCUACAAUGCCACCAUUUUUCCUCACAAUGUUGGGCUUGGAGUGACCAGGCAAUGUUACUGCGAAUUUUCUGUUUUGAAGGAUCCUCAACUAGUCAAAAAGAUUGGUGAAGCAACUGCUCUUGAAGUUAGAGCUACAGGAAUCCCUUAUGCCUUUGCUCCAUGUAUCGCGGUUUGCAGGGAUCCAAGAUGGGGUCGCUGCUAUGAGAGCUAUAGUGAGGAUCAUAGGAUUGUUCAGUUAAUGACUGAGAUUAUACCUGGCUUACAAGGAGAGUUACCUGCCAAUUCCAAAAAGGGCGUUCCAUUUGUUGCUCCUGGAAACACCAAGGUAGCAGCCUGUGCUAAGCACUUUGUGGGAGAUGGUGGAACGACAAAGGGUAUUGACGAGAACAACACCGUAAUCAGUAUGAAUGGAUUGCUCAACAUUCACAUGCCAGCAUACUAUAAUGCAAUUAGCAAGGGUGUUGCAACAGUUAUGGUAUCCUACUCGAGUUGGAAUGGGAAGAGGAUGCAUAUUAAUCAGGAUCUUGUCACUGGAUUCCUGAAGAACAAGAUGAAGUUCAGGGGAUUUGUGAUAUCAGACUGGGAGGGUCUUGACAGGGUUACCUCUCCUCCACAUGCUAACUAUUCCUCUUCUGUCCAAGGAGGAGUUGGUGCUGGCAUUGAUAUGAUUAUGGUUCCAUAUAACUUCACAGAGUUCAUUGACGAUCUAACUUAUCAAGUGAAAAAUAAUAUUAUUCCCAUGAGCAGGAUUAAUGAUGCUGUUCAAAGAAUUUUAAGGGUUAAGUUUCUCAUGGGUCUCUUUGAGAAACCAUUGGCUGAUCUCAGCAUGGCCAAUCAACUUGGCAGUCAGGAACAUAGAGAAUUAGCAAGGGAAGCUGUGAGGAAAUCACUUGUUCUGCUAAAGAAUGGCAAGUCUUAUGCUAAGCCAUUGCUACCACUUCCUAAGAAGGCGACGAAGAUACUAGUUGCUGGAAGCCAUGCUGACAACUUGGGCUAUCAAUGUGGAGGCUGGACAAUAUCAUGGCAGGGUCUUGGUGGCAAUGAUCUCACAGUUGGUACCACAAUCCUCAAUGCAGUGAAGAACACAGUUGAUCCUACCACCCAAGUUGUCUACAACGAGAACCCAGAUGCAAAUUUUGUCAAAUCCAACAAAUUCUCUUAUGCUAUCGUUGUGAUAGGUGAGCCACCAUAUGCUGAAAUGUAUGGUGACAGCUCCAAUCUAACUAUAUCUGAACCUGGCCCAAGUACCAUCACCAAUGUGUGUGGAGCUGUCAAAUGUGUCGUGGUAGUAAUCUCUGGCCGCCCAGUUGUGAUCCAGCCCUACCUUGAAAAAAUAGAUGCUCUUGUUGCUGCUUGGCUUCCAGGAACUGAAGGCCAAGGUGUUGCCGACAAUCUUUUUGGAGACUAUGGGUUCACCGGCAAGCUUGCACGAACAUGGUUCAAGACAGUCAACCAGCUCCCAAUGAACGUCGGCGAUCCACAUUAUGACCCUCUAUUUCCAUUUGGGUUUGGUCUCACUACUAAAGUUACCAAAAACUAG